AUGUUCGUCCUCCUCGUAGUCAAAGACACCGUUCCUGUUCCACCAAAGACGUUUGGGCUGUCUCCUUCGGUGACUAUCCUUGACGCGCUCAAUAAGAAGUAUGCGAACAAGCUCAUUCCAGAGAAAGGACUGGCCUUGUCCGUCUUUGACAUCUUGACGGCCGAGGAUGGGAAGGUCACCUGGGGCAAUGGGAUGAUGUACUACAAAGUCUCAAUCCGGCUGAUGCUGUUUGCGCCGUUCCACUCCGAGAUCAUCGUUGGGAAAGUGGUGGAGACCACUUCGAGCUAUUAUCUUUGGGCUUCUUCAAGGAUCGACAUCAUCUCGAAACGCUUCUUCUGGUACUCCGACGAGGACGAGAAGACCCUCACAGUCGACCAGUUGCUAUCGACGGUCAUCGCCCAACGACUCUACAUUGACGUCGGCGAGCCCAUUCGGUUCCGUGUCGACUCGAUAGAUUUCCAGGAUAUACGGCCGGACCCGCCUGUCAUUCUUGAGCCGGGGGCGAAGGAGGAGGCAAAGGAAUUGGGAGAACCAGUGGAGGCUACGAAGGAUCCGUAUAAGUCUGCGGGGUUCAGAAUACUGGGGACGAUAGCGGAAUCAGGUUUGGGUUUGGUCAGUUGGUGGGAUGGCUCAGCGGCUGAGGGGGAUGAAGAUGAGGAGAUGGAGCCAUGA